AUGCGUCACAUUGGGUUCAUCAAGAUUCUAGCCAAAACGACAAGGAUCCCGGCGUAUGUGGGGGGCACCCUUGCUGCUGGUGGGUCUUAUGUAGCUUACAAGGUGGAGCAGGCUCUGACGUAUACUCAAGACCAGCUUCUGUCAAUCAAAGACUUCACGCAAGGCGUUUUUGAUACUGCCGGCGACUUUUUCAAGGGAAUGGGUGGCAAACUGUCGGAGAGCGGUGGAAGCUCGGGGGGCUCCGGUUCGCCUGGCGGAAGUAAUGAUACCACUACAGCCGUAGGAGCCACGGCAGCAGCUCUAGGCUUGACUUCUGAAGAUGAAAAUGAGUCAGAAGAUGAUGAAAAUGAUGAUUUAGCUCAAGAUGAAGAUGAGGAGACGCUUUACAAUGACUACGAUGACGAUGAUGACUUGGAAAACGACGAAACCAGCAACGAAAUGCUCAAUUUGACCCGGCAAAUGAUCGAAAUCAGAAACUUGCUUGCGUCCAUCGAUCAUGACGGAUUGCGUUUGCCAUCUAUCGUAGUCAUUGGCUCUCAAUCUAGCGGAAAAUCGUCGGUUUUGGAAGCCAUCGUGGGCCAAGAAUUCUUGCCCAAGGGUUCGAAUAUGGUCACAAGAAGACCGAUCGAAUUGACAUUGAUCAACACACCAGAAGCUGCUGCUGAUGUCGCUGAGUUUCCCGCAUUGAAGAUGCACAACUUGACUGAUUUUGAACAGGUCCAGAAGAUCUUGCUCGAUUUGAAUUUGGCAGUUCCUGAAAAAGACUGUAUUUCCAGUGAUCCAAUUCAGAUCACCAUUAGAUCGCCUAGAGUACCCGACUUGUCGCUCGUAGAUUUACCUGGUUAUAUCCAAGUGGAAGCUGCUGAUCAGCCGUUGGAGUUGAAACAGAAAAUCCGGAAGCUUUGUGACAGAUACUUGGAAGCUCCUAACAUCAUUUUGGCCAUAUCUGCUGCUGAUGUCGAUUUGGCAAAUUCCAGUGCCUUAAGAGCUUCAAGAACUGCGGAUCCCCGAGGUGAAAGAACAAUAGGGGUAGUUACCAAGAUUGAUUUGGUAGAUCCCGAGAGAGCGACCAAGAUCUUGACUAAUAAGAAGUACCCACUCAGAAUGGGCUAUGUGGGCGUAAUAACGAAGGCUCCCCCCACUUCUAAAGGUGGAUCAGGCCUAUUCUCGAGGAAGGCCAUCUCAGGAUACCAGGCUUAUGUGGCACAGCAAAAUUUUGAACAUAGCUAUUUGAAGGAAAACAAAGAAGACUUCUACGGUACUACAACUGGAACCAGAAACUUAAAGAAGAAACUUAUGAAAGUUCUUGAAAAAUCGAUGGCAGCAUCGUUGGCACCAACGCAUUUGGCAAUCCAACAAGACCUAGAAGAGACAUCAUAUCAGUUCAAAGUAGAAUUCAAUGAUCGUCCUCUUACACCUGAGAUGUAUUUGGCCAACAAUAUCGACAUGCUAAAGUUGGCCACAAAAGAUUUGAGCCAUGAAUUCUCACGUCGUGAGUUGAAGUCGUUAUUGAAAAAUGAACUCGACCAGAAAGUGUUAGACCUACUUGCUGAAAGAUACUGGAAUAAGCCUUUUAACUUGAAGCAAAAUCAAAAUGCUCUUGUGGAACCAAAUUUGAAAGAACUUUCUCAAAUCACGAACAUCGAUGACGACAUAUACUGGCACAAGAAAUUGGACCUAACCACAAGCUCGUUGACGAAAAUGGGCGUUGGCAGAAUAUCAACAAGUCUUGUUACAAAUGCAUUGCUUAAAGAAAUCGAGAAUUUGGUAGACAACACUCAGUUAAAGAACCAUCCUAUGGCAAAGAAUGCCGUCAGCGAAGCGGCCAAGACUGUUUUGGGCGCCAAAUACUACUCGACUGCUGACCAGGUUGAAAACUGUAUAAAACCAUACAAGUAUGAGAUCGAAAUCGAAGACAGAGAAUGGCAAGCCAGCAAAGAGAAUUCCGUAAGAUUGUUAAAGGAAGAAAUUAGACAAUGUGACGAGGUGUACAAUAACUUGAAGAAGCAGAUAGGAGGCAGAAAACUCCAACAGGUGGUAUCUUAUUUGGAAAGACUAAAGCAACAACAGACUACUGAUGUUGACUUCAAUUCGCCAGAGGCGCUUGGUUUCUCACCAAGUUUGAUCCAGAGAGGUCAGGAUGCUAUCUUCUUAAAGGACAGACUUUCUUUGCUUAAGAUGAGAUACCUGUUCGUCAAAAAUUCUAAGAAGUGUAAGAAGAAAGAAAACAAGUACCAGUGUCCGGAGAUUUUCUUGGAUGCUGUGGCUUCUAAGGUUACUUCUACUUCCAUCCUUUUUUUGAAUGUAGAAUUGCUUAGUGAUUUCUACUACAAUUUCCCCAGAGAAUUGGAUAUGAAAUUCUUUAACAACUUGAGCAAGGAAGAAAUCGAAAAGUUUGCUAAAGAAGACCCCAGAAUCAAGAAGCACAUUGAAUUACAAGAGAGAAAAGACUUGUACGAAAAUGCCUUAAGCAAGAUUGAAAGUGUUUUAGCAAUUCAAAGAACCAAGACAACUGGCAUUGUUAAAAACGAAAAGACUGGUGGCUCUUCAAUCUUCAACUGGGGAAAGUAA